CAGGCAUUCUCAAUCGAACUCGUGCACGUCGAUUGAGCCGUUGUUCGGCGACUAAGGGAAGUGCUGCGGGAGACGGAGGACGAAUCCAGGUGUCCGCGAUGUUGCUGUCAUCUGUCCUGCGAACCGCGCUCUCUCACACGGUGAGGCGGGUUCGACGCUUGCACCAGACAGCAGUUCGCUCGGGGGCGGGGGGAGCUCUCUUUGUGCACAGGGACACUCCUGAGAACAAUCCAGACACCCCUUUCGAAUUCACUGAGGAAAAUCUCAAGAGAAUUGAUGCAAUUGUGAAGAUGUACCCUGAGGGACACAAAGCAGCAGCUACUAUCCCAGUGCUGGACCUGGCUCAAAGACAGCAUGGAUGGUUGCCCAUAUCUGCCAUGAACAAGGUUGCUGAAGUGCUUGAUGUGCCUCCAAUGAGGGUGUAUGAAGUAGCGACGUUUUACACCAUGUUCCAGCGCAAACCAGUGGGGAAGUAUCACAUUCAGGUGUGCACCACGACUCCAUGCAUGCUCUGCAACUCAGACAGCAUCCUGGAGGCCAUCCAGAACAAACUAGGUAUUAAGGUUGGAGAAUCAACACCUGACAGGAUGUUUUCACUAAUAGAGGUGGAAUGCCUUGGUGCCUGUGUCAAUGCACCCAUGGUCCAAAUCAAUGACAACUAUUAUGAGGAUCUCGAGCCCAAGGACAUUGAGCACAUCAUUGAUGAGCUUAAAGCUGGGAGAGUCCCACCGCCAGGUCCUAGGAACGGUCGUUUCUCCUGUGAACCAGCAGGAGGUCUGACUUCUCUGACAGAACCUCCCCCUGGACCGGGGUUUGGAGUAAGAGCAGAUCUGUAGCGAUGCAGUUGUAACUGUUCUUCUGCAUUCAUUAAAUUUAUUGAUGUUCUAGUGUGAAACUUAAAACAUGUAAAUAAAAUCUUUGACCUGAGCUGUACAUGCGAGUUCUCCAAUGUUCAGAGGAUUCAUUUACGUAUUCGGAAGUAGCCCGGCCUAGUUAAGACCCACGCAUCAUCACGUGACGAUGUGGAACCCACUGUGGAUACCUGCAAGUGGGUGUGUGACUCAGCCAGCAGGUGUCAUUGCCACCAGCUGUGCUUUUACUUUUUGUCAAACUGCUGAAGCAGACAGGUCAUCACAACAGGAAUGACAUAUGGCAGAAGCUUACCUCCCUCGACGCUGUGUGCUCUUUUUAUUGUGAAUAUUGGUUUCCCGACAUCCCUAGUGUCUAAGAGCCACUAAGAACAUCGGAGUCUUGUGUGAUUGACACUUUUUCUUCACCUUGAUGAUGCACAACACAGAUGUGUAAAAGCUGCUCUUGAAAGUCCCACGGAAACUUCUGACCAAACGUGAAGCGUAAGAAAACAAACAAGCGGUGUCUUUUCUGGAUCCUUCCCUGUUCAGGACUGUGGGCCUCAUCCCUCGCAUCGCUCUCACUGUAGACAGCACCACCAGCAGCUGCACUUGCAACCGUUUCCUACCGUUUCCUAACGUUUCUCCAUCCACUGCCCUGCUGUCCAUGGGAUUUGCCUAAAACCGUGUCAUUUUGCAGCUUACGUGCAUUUUAUAUAUAGAAACCCGGCCCGUUGACUGGAAAUGAGCGCUCCUAUGGCAAACAGUGGUUUCAGUCUGUUGAUGCUGUUCACAUAGAUAGAUUAGUCGCGGAAAAUUAAACAUUUACAUGAUUUUCAGACGCUUCUCAAAGCGACUCGCAAUGGACACCAUCAUAUCGGCUCACAAACCAAAUCACCAAGUUGCUAGAUACUGUUAUUAUACAGUAUAUAUAUAUAUAAUGAACAGAACAGAAUAAACGUGUUAAUCCAGGUUUUUGUUAAACCUUCAUUCUAUGCUCCGACAAGCACCAACCACCCCGUGCUGUGAGGCGCCUUGUCGUUUCCUCGCGGCGGCACAGCGCGUUCUUCCGCAAGCACGUGCUCCGUGUCCGCGCGCUCAUUCCAUGCACGCUCGCCGCUCGCUUCCUACCGUGCUACCUCACGCCCCUCCGCCGCCGCGCCCUUCCCCCGCGCCUCAGCCUUCUCCCGUGACUCACGCUCGCCCCUGCAUCAAACACGCGCCGGGGCGCAUGCGCAGUGGUCCCAUGCUGUAAAUGUCGCUGCGCCAUCGUAGAUUAAAAGGGAAAACGGGAAAAAGUCGGCUCCUGCCAAGGCCUGCCACGUCGGAAGUGAGAAAAACAGCGUUUCCUUCUGACUUCCACUAAUACAUUAAAAUAGAAAAGUCCCGCCGCGGCUUUCCUCCCCGGCACGUUCGAGAACAUUCCAGUUGCUACAAAGGAGAAAGCGGAAAGAAUGACGUCAAACGCCCAACUUCACCCUGUCCUGCACACCUCUCCGAAGAAACACAAAUUCCCAUGCCACAAGGACGUGUUUUCCCAAUUCAACGCGCAUCUGAAGAUACGC